AGGUGGCGGCAUGCACCUGAAACGUUGGUUUGCGGACCGCCAUUACAUCAUAGAAGAAGACGGAAGCGCACCUUUGAACAAAAUCAGCUUUGCUUAACGCAGUAUUUCACAUGCAUUUUACCAUAUUUAAUGGCUGUUUUAAAUAGCCCAAGUUUAAUCCGUUUAUUUCGUGCACGAGUUAUUGUUCUUAUAUUGACGUGCAGCUUUGUACUGUGUGUCGUCUGGAAUUUGGAGAAUAAAACGCCAGAGAUAUCCACAGAACUGAUGACUGACCAGACUCUGAAGUAUUUUCUCAGCCAGGGGAAGAUACAGGUUAAGGAUGCAGCAGAUAUUGAAUGGGCCCAUGCUGCCAACAGCAAGAACAAGAUCACAGAGGCACUACAGAGCUCCGCCCACAUGAUAGAGGCAGACAUACUUCUGAGGAGUAACGACCCUAAAGAGCCAAUCAUGGCUCAUCCUCCUGAGACCGACAGUGAUGUCACGCUGCGUGAUUGGCUGAAGGAGGUCAAGGCAUCAGACAAAGGGAUAAAGCUCGACUUCAAAAGUCUGGCAGCGGUCGCUCCAUCCAUGGUGUUAUUAGACGAGGUUCGGGCUGAGCUCCGUGGUCCCGUGUGGAUCAACGCUGACAUCCUGCCAGGCCCUGGAGGCAAGGCCACACCCCUUGACCCCAAAGUCUUCCUGGAGGCAGCUGUGACCCCUGGUUCCCAUGGUGAUGUUCUCUCCCUGGGCUGGACAACGGGCUGGACUGCAGAUACACACAACCCAGGGUACAGCUGGGAGAUGGUGAGGGACAUGGAGGCAGUGUGUCGGACCCUAAGACAUCCAGUCACCUUCCCUGUCAGAGCAGCCCUCCUGGCCCAGUCAUUCUCCCAGCUACACUGGCUUCUACAGCAGUCAGACAGGUACAGCCUGACAGUGUGGAUAACCCUGUCUGUUGUUCCCUCUCCCAGGUACAGCCUGACAGUGUGGAUAACCCUGUCUGUUGUUCCCUCUCCUAGGUACAGCCUGACAGUGUGGAUAACCCUGUCUGUUGUUCCCUCUCCCAGGUACAGCCUGACAGUGUGGAUAACCCUGUCUGUUGUUCCCUCUCCCAGGUACAGCCUGACAGUGUGGAUAACCCUGUCUGUUGUUCCCUCUCCCAGGUACAGCCUGACAGUGUGGAUAACCCUGUCUGUUCCCUCUCCUAGGUACAGCCUGACAGUAUGGACUGGCCACACUGAUGUCUUCGUUGUAAAGGACCUACUGCCUUACAGGAGUGACAUCGACAAGACCAGGAUAUAUUACGACCUGCUGGACUCACAGAGGACACAGCUCAGAGGACUAACAGGCUACUGAUCUUGUGUUAUUAAAAAAUAAAAAUAAAAGAAAUCUC